CUUCAAACAUUCACUCGUUCAGCUUCCUAUUAAAUCCAAAACGAAUCUGUUUGUGACCUCUUAACUUCUAUACACGAGAUGUCGUAUUGACACCGCCGUGUUCUGUCUUCACAGUCUCCGCCCCACAUAUCUGAGCCGGGGUUGACGUACGAAGUCGUCACAAAGACACCCCCUGCAGUUUCUCCUCAAUUGUCAGCACCUUCUUUCUCCACACAACGAUCAGCGUCCUACCCUCUACAGUCAUUGUCUGAGUUUUCUCGUGUGCCGAAGCUUACAUGCCACUGGUCGCGGAUUGAGUGUUCCUCUGCACCCCCUCCUACCCAUGUUCUUGUGGUCCACUUUUCAAGCCGUUUAGAGACACAGCCGCCAUGGCUCUACUGAAUAGACAAUCAUAUCUCCUGCUUGGAGUCUCAAUAUUACCACUUCUCAUCCUGUGGUUAUACAAAAUCAUCGGCACAGAUCUCGCUUUAUUCGAUAAGUGGACGCCAGCAGCAACGCAAGCCUACUGCCUACCACCAGGUCCACUCCUUCCGCCGCCAAAAGUGCUCCCCACCUCAUCAAAGUUCAAGAUUCCAGAUUCGACAUUCGAGAAUCUUCCAGGGAUAUCAGACACGUCCUACGCGAUCAAAGCAUCAAUUGGUGAUGUCACGAUCCUUGAGUACGAAUACUCUGCACCUGGCCGCGAAGUGGGCCAAUCUCUCUCAAAUACAAGGCUUCGUAUUGGCAGCGUCACUAAAACGUUCACUUGUCUAGCAGUCUUGCUUAGUGCAGAUAUCAAACUAUCAGACUCGAUUACCAAGUUCAUUCCUGGGCUGAACAAAGAGGUCUACAAAGAUGUUACAAUCGCUGCCCUGGCAAGCCACACGAGCGGGCUAGGCCGAUACAUCUAUGUUGGAGAUCUCGCUAUAGUGCCGGGUUUCCAGGCUGCUGCUCUCGGCCUUCCGGACUUAAACAGUACAGGCAAGAAAGCCCCGCCCUGCGAUCCGUUUCCGGGUGGCCGUAUCUGCACACGCGAAGAACUACUUGCGGGUCUCAACGAUCCUGCCUACUACCCCCGCUCACCAGGAUCUAGUCCUCUGUACUCAAACAUAGGUUACACCCUUCUUGGCAUGGCUCUUGAAGCUGUCCACCAACAGACCUCUGAAGAGAUCAUCCACGACCUGAUCAUAAAACCCCUCGGGUUGGGCAAAACAUCUUUCUCCGUUCCCAAAAACACUAGCACAGCCCUCCUGCCGCGCUCUCCCGCAGAUCGGAACUGGUUCGUACCCGACUUUGGCAACUACAAUCCAUCUGGCGGUCUCUGGUCGACACCUAACGACCUGCUCCGGUUCCUGCAGUCGAUCCUUUCCCACAAGCUGCUGAGUCAACGCGAGACGCGCCGCUGGUUACAACCUCGCGUGUUCCUCCCCUCGCUGCAACAAGCAGUCGGCGAGUCUUGGGAAAUACUCCGGCCGACGACCUUGGAACUUAAGACAAAACGACCGGUUGAGAUCUUCACGAAAACGGGCGGUGUGACGGGGUAUGCGGCAUAUGCCGCAAUCGUCCCGGAGUACAAUAUUGCACUUUCGAUCACCGCUGCUGGUGGAAAGGCGAACGAUGCCGUAUCGACACUGUUCCCGCUCAUGUUGAAGCCGUUGGUAGCGUAUGCCGAUGAGUUGGCACAAGAGCAGGCGGCGGCAGAAUAUGCAGGAGCAUACACAAGCACCAUCGCCGACACGACAAACAGCAUGACUCUGGCUAUGGAUGAUGGGCCCGGGCUUGCUGUCACAAGCUUCACUAUGAACGGAGUCCCGGUCCUUCAGUCUCUGGCUGCCAUAAAGGGUAUCCCCAACCAGAGUCUCAGCGCUAGGGUAUACCCCUCUGAUCCAGAUUCUAUGGGCACCGGAACCGAGGCCUGGAGGAUUCAGAUUGACAGAACAGACAGGGAAGUACUGUUUGCUGAACUACAGUGCAUCAGCUGGAACUGGGCCGAUGCGUUGCGUUACGUGACAGAGCCAUUAGACAUCGUCGUCUUUCACAAAGAUGUGCAUGGGGCUGUAAGCGUUGAGCUUCCCGGCUGGCGCGCAAAACUGGACAGGUCAUAGAUGACACAUGGAGAGUGCAAGAUGUCUAAAUUAGUAUAAUUCUAUCUAUCAAUGGGAUAACAUGGUCGAUUUCUGGUCCAUGUUGGGUAUAGUUGAAGCCCGAUGCGC